AUGCCGGGGGGCAAAAGGACACGGAGUGAGGGCUGGAGGAAAGUUCGGGCUCUUCGCCUGGAGGACAUCAGGCACUGGUGGAUGAGGCGGCUGCCCGUUUUGGAGUGGGUGCCCGCCUACGACUGGAAGGAGAAUUUGGUUCCCGACGUGGUUUCUGGGAUGAUGCUAGCCAUUCAACAGGUGACACAAGAGAAACAACAAAUGGCUUGGGGGUGCUUAGCUGUUGGCCAGAGUCAACCCACUACAGGGCUGGCCUUUGCUGUUCUGUCUUCAGUCCAUCCAGUUUUUGGUUUAUAUGGCUCUUUCUUCCCUGCCAUUAUUUAUGCCAUAUUUGGAAUGGGACGUCAUGUUGCGACAGGAACAUUUGCUUUGACUUCCUUAAUAUCUGCCAAUGCAGUCGAACGUCUUGUUCCCUCAGCUGGCACUAAUUUCACUGCAAACAAUAAUUCAGGAGUCUUGGGCCUAUCAGAGUUUGAAAUGCAGAGGAUUGGAGUUGCAGCUGCAGUUUCAUUUCUGGGAGGAAUCAUUCAGGUAGCAAUGUUUAUGCUGCAGUUGGGCAGUGCCACCUUCUUGUUAACAGAACCAGUGAUCAGCGCAAUGACAACAGGAGCAGCGACACAUGUGGUGACUUCACAAGUGAAGUACUUGCUGGGAAUGAAAAUGCCAUAUAUAUCAGGACCACUAGGAUUUUUUCAUAUUUAUGCCUACAUAUUUGAAAAUAUCAGAUCAGUUCAACAAGAGGCCUUACUUCUCUCCUUGCUGAGCAUUGUGGUGCUUGUUCUCGUUAAGGAACUGAAUGAGAAAUUUCAGAGAAACAUUAAAAUUGUUCUUCCUAUCGAUCUAGUUUUGAUAAUUGCUACAUCUGCUGCCUGCUACUAUGCUGAUAUGGAAUACGCCUAUGGGCUAGAAGUUGUGGGACAUAUUCCUGAAGGGCUACCACCACCAAAACUGCCACCCAUGAAUAUCCUGUCUGAAGUAGUCACUGAAGCUUUUGGAGUAGCACUGGUUGGUUAUGUAGCAUCGCUAGCUCUAGCCCAAGGCUCUGCUAAAAAGUUUAAAUAUACUGUGGAUGACAACCAGGAAUUUUUGGCUCAUGGUCUCAGCAACGUGAUUCCUUCAUUUUUCUUUUGCAUACCAAGUGCGGCAGCAAUGGGACGGACGGCACUUUUAUAUAGUACGGGUGCCAGAACACAGGUGGCUUGCCUUAUCUCCUCUGCAUUAAUUCUUGUGGUGCUCUACACAAUUGGACCAAUGCUAUACUGGCUGCCUAUGUGUGUGCUAGCAAGCAUUAUCAUUGUGGGCUUGAAAGGAAUGUUAAUACAGUUCCGUGACUUAAAAAAAUAUUGGAAUGUGGAUAAAAUAGACUGGAGCAUAUGGGUUAGUACUUACGUGUUCACAAUCUGUUUUGCUGCUAAUGUGGGACUGUUGUAUGGCGUUGUCUGCACUAUAAUAACUGUGAUUUUCCGCUUUUCCAGAGCAAGGACACUGAAUUUGAAAAAUAUGAAAGAAGUGGAAUAUAAAUACAAAACAGAAGAUAAUUGUGAAUCAUUAAAACAGGUAAAGAUAGUUUCAGUCACCAACCCAUUAGUCUUUCUGAAUGCCAGGAAAUUUCAGGCAGACCUUACAAAAAUAAUCCAGAAGGAUGGCACGAGCAGCCAGGCAUGUGAAGAUGUAAACAAGUGUGAGCAGAACACAUUACUCUGUUCAUUUUCCAAUGGAAGUUGUCAUGGUGAGUCACUGCAGCCAUCUCAGAGUGAGCGACGUGUUUUGAUAUUAGACUGCAGUGGACUGAGUUUGUUUGACUACACUGGAGCCUCCAUGUUGCUUCAGAUUUACAUGGAUUGUAAAAACAGACACAUUGAUGUGUUGCUAGCACGCUGCAAAGCUUCCUUGAUAAAAGCAAUGCAGUACGGUGGAAAUCUUGAAUCCGAAAACCCUGUCUUCUUUGAAUCUGUUUCUUCAGCAAUCGAUGCCAUUCAGAUUCACAGGAAUUACAGCAAGUUCAGUGAACAGAGUGAAGUGUGAUGCUGACCCAUCAAAUGUGGCUAGUCUGAUCAACUCAUAUACAG